AUGUCGCGCCCAUGCCUUGUGUCGAUGCUGUCACUUUUCAUUGUGGAUGGGCUGAUGAUGCCUGAGGAAGCUGCCCAGCAGACACGGGUUUUUAUGUCUACCGCUACCAGCACAGUCUGGGCCAAUGAUGCUCCAGACGUUCAAGGCUCCCUGGCACUCUUAGCCAAUACGCUGGUAAAAUACCAGCCGGUCGUCAUCUAUGUCAGCCCCAAUGAUGUGGCGUACAUGCAGAGCCUGCUAAAUAGUACUGUGACGAUUGUGGAGUUUCAGGUGGACGACUUGUGGAUGCGGGACACCAGCUGCAUUUUUUCUUACAGUGGUUGCGACAACUACAGCCACUGCGUUGAGAUCUAUGGGCAGCCCGUGAACCAUGCAUGGCCUUCAGCUCCUUUGUCUUGCGUGGACUUCAAUUUCAAUGGCUGGGGAAGGAAGCAGGGCCACACCAAUGAUGCCAAGGUGGCAGCCGACGUGGCAGCUUGGAGCGGCGCCACCUAUGUGAAGUCCACACUGGUGAUGGAAGGUGGUUCAGUGGAGGUGGAUGGAGAAGGUACCGCCAUCAUCACUCGCAGCUCGGUGAUCAACCCCAACCGCAACCCUGGAUGGACUGAGGCCCAUGUGGAAGACGAACUUUACACCACCUUGGGCAUUGAGAAAGUGAUUUGGACUGAUGGGAUCAUUGGGAAGGACAUCACUGACGCCCACAUUGAUUUCUACGCCCGUUUCACCUCCCCAGGCGUGGUGGUGGUGGCACGGGAGAACGAUUCCACCAUCUACGAUUACAACGUGACACGUCAGGUGAUCGCGGACCUGGAGGGUGCCACAGAUGCGCGUGGCCGCACCCUGACGGUGCACAUUUUGGACAACCCCUCAACCCUUCGGCCAACGUGGAGCUCGGGCAGCGCCGCGGCGGGGUUUGCAGCCAGCUACAUCAACUACUAUGUGGGAAACGGCGUGGUGGUAUCACAGAAUUUUGGAGAUACCGAAACUGAUGCAGCCGCAGUGGCGAAGUUGCAGGAACUCUACCCUGGUCGCACCGUGGAGAGUUUGAAUGUGGAUCCCAUUGCAUAUGGAGGUGGUGGCAUUCAUUGUUCCACACAGCAGCAGCCAGUGGGCACCACCUCACCAACCACCACAACGACACCUCUCGGUGGUGGAUUCAAUGGCAGCAGAGGUGCCGUACUUGGAAGCUGCUUCGCUGCCAUCUUUUUGCUGUUUCAUUUGUUUUGGGGUUGAGCGCCUUGCUUUUGAACCAGGGUAGAACCCCCUCUGGAAGGUUUGGAAUUUUUGAAGUAGCUCCUUGAUAGAUUGAGAUGGUGCGCCAACAUGCACUGCUGGUUGCAUUCCAGGAUAAUGCAGAGGUCCAGGAACAGCGAAGCACGCUGUUUCUGGAAAAUCAUUGAAAUUGAUCUGCAGAGACCCGCAAUGUCCCAAAGGUCCCAGAAGCUAGGGGAAGGAGCCGC